AGCUCACUCAAACACAGAAAAACCGAAGCAGAGGAGGGUGAAUCAGGCGGCAUAACACUCACCGGCGAGCGCUAGAACGAGUAUUUCUGGAGGAAAAGACUAGUAGACACACGGACUAAAGUGGGCGAGAGAAGUGCAGUGCCUUAUUGGAAUUUACCCGUAAAAUAAUCGUGCAGACUUCACCAUUUCACGUAACGCUGCGUGAAGCCCACGAGGACGUGCGCUUGCACUACUAACAUAUAACAACAUUGGAUGUAACUCCGCUCUAUUUCCUGAGGUGGCAAAGGGGAGAAGGAUCUGUAUUAAACAACCUUCAGAGCAAACAAAGGACACCAUGUCUCUGGGCACAUUUCACCUCAUGCAGACCCUCAAGAACUCUCCAGCUGCGCUCCGCCGCCGUUUCAAGCGAGACCGACUAGAGACCCUCUCUCAUGGGGAUCCAUUGUUCAAGGUGCACUACCUGGGCACAGAGAAGAUCUUCUCACUGGACAGGGAGCAGGCUCAGUAUGCCAUUCAGCACCUGCUGGAUGGUAUCACCAAUGGAAAGAAGCUCAGCAAAGACCACGCCCUGGUGGUGCGGCCCCGAUAUGUGGAGGUCAAAGAGCUGAGCACGGGCCGACAGCUCACAAAGACUUAUCUCCAAGACAUUGCCUACUGUGCAGCCGACGCCAGCAGGCCCAAUGUGUUCCUAUAUAUUUGUAAGCACCAGGGGCAGCAGCUGCAGUGCCGUGUUUUCUGGUGCAGUCGGGCGGAGCGAGCAAAGGACUUAACGGCCUGCCUGGCACACUCCUUCCAGAGGGCUCUCAGCGACUGGCAGGAUGGCUCCAACACACUGGCAUCAAAGAACAAGGGUGAACGCAUCGAGGAGACCACCAACUCCAACACAAAGAGCCACACACUCCCAGCCAGCAUUGGGAAAGUUCACUGGAAGAAAAGAGGCUCUGUAUCACGCAGCCCUCUCCGAGCCAUCACCAGAAGAGGCUCUGCAUCUGACAGCUGGAUCUGAGUUCCUGCUUUCAAAUAUGGGACCGUAUCAAACACAACUUCAAUGCGACUGCACUAAAGGGACUGGACAAGUAUAGGCCUGAAUGUGGUCAGGUUUGGAGGUUUUCUGUUGACUCCUGCAAUAGCAUGGUCAUCACAAGAUGACAGCAGCCGUCAGUUGUCAACAGUUUUACGGAGACUUUAGAGUCCCCACACACAGGAGGAUUUCCUCUGCUGCUUGUUUAAGUACUUGGGAGCAAUGGCAGUAACACCAGUUCAAGCUGUGGUUUAAAUGCAGGAAGCACAAGCAUCUUUAAGUCGACACAAAGAUGUCUUUUUUUUUUUUGAAGGAUUAUUUUUAUUUAACUGAUCAUUUUGACAGCAGCGUGUCCUAGCCACAAGGCACUAGAAAGCACAUUACUGUAUGAUACUUUGGACAAAAUCCCAUUAUCAUCUUUUAAGGAUAAAAGAUGCAAAAUUUUUGAGUAAACCAAGGGCAAAAAUUGAAAACAGGGCAGCAAAAUGUUCUUGACAUAUAAUGUUUCAGAAUCAAUGCCAAAUUUAGAAAAAGAUGCCAAUUUGACAUGAACUUUUGACUGUCCCGGCGCUGAAUUAGCAUUUAGGUGGAAAAGGCAGUCAGCCAUGAUAUGGAAGGCUGUUUGUGCUUGAACACUGGGAACGCUGUGUUCUGCUGUGUAGAGCUUCAGUGAGGAAUGUGCGCCCAUGCACCUGCAUUCCUCUUGGGGGAAUUUGAGAUCCAAUACUUAAGAAGGCCCCGAAUUCUUUCUGUCAUCCAACCGUGACUUUGCAUAUCAGAUGGCUACAGUGGGCUUUUGUUACAUUGGCCUUAAAAGGUGCCCCUAGUCCAGUUAAAAUGACACUCUUAGGCACUGAUGUGUGCAGCAUUGCAUAACACACUCAUGAAGGUGAUUAAGUGUGAGGUUUACAAAUGUUUGACAGACAGAGGGUCAGUGAUAGCCCCUAUGGCUACCAUCAGUGUUUUAGACCAGAGACCUGUGGUUCUGUCAUGCCACUAGGUCUUGAUCUGUUUUUUUUUUGUUUUUUGUUUUGUUUUUAUAUUCUCCUACAAAAGGCACAACCUCGAUAAAGGAUGUUUUUGUGCCUGCUCAAAGAUAUUUUAUCAAUGUACUGUUUUUAUGUUAUCUACAUAUUUAAAUAUGUAUUUUAUGAAAUAUUAAACGUUUUUAUACAACAUA